AUGAAUUUGGUUGUGGUUUCGUCCCUGAUAUGCGCACAUGCCCCAACGGAGGAAAAGGACGAUGCCACCAAGGACGCUUUCUAUGCGGAGCUCGACCGAGCCUAUGGCCGCUGUCCUUCCCAUGACAUUAAAAUUCUCCUCGGGGAUUUUAAUGCCAAGGUAGGACGAGAAGACAUCUUUGGUGCCACCGUCGGGCGAUUUAGUCUACAUGAGACCACCUCGAGCAAUGGUCUCAGAUUAAUAGGCUUCGCAGCUGCGCAUAAUAUGGUAGUUCGUAGUACCGGAUUCCGUCAUUUGGACAUCCAUAAGGCAUCUUGGCUCUCUCCCGAUCGACUGACCAGAAAUCAGAUCGAUCAUGUUGUGAUCGAUGCAAGGCAUGCAUCUAACAUACUCGACGUGCGAUCCUGUCGGGGUCCCAACAUCGACUCGACCAUUAUCUUGUUGCAGCUAAGAUUCGCACACGGCUAUGUGUGGCGAAGAUUGCACGUCGAAGUGCGUUAA